CUCUCAAGGCUCCCACCCCACCUUCUGCUGAGCCAGGAGAGGACCAGAAAGCAAACAACAUAGUCACCAUCACAGGUAUCUCCCUAUGCUUGUUCAUCAUCGUUGCCACCGUUCUCAUCACCCUCUGGAGGAAGCUCUGCCGAGCUCAGAAGUGCAGUGCUGCUGUCCGCCGAAACUCCGUCCAUUCCCCCGGUUUCCGCAAAAACUCCGACGAAGAGAAUAUUUGCCAAGGAAACAAGCAGCGAGACAGCUUCACCGAAGGAGGGGAUGCUCCUGUUAAUAUUCCUUUGACCUACAGGCGGAGCCUCCAGUUUGCCCAAGAAGAUGAUGCCUCUGGAAGUGAGAACUUUCAGCCAAACGCCCAAAAAAUAAUCCCUCCGAUUUUCAGCUACCGCCUGGCACAGCAGCAGCUGAAGGAGAUGAAGAAGAAAGGCCUGACUGAGACCACCAAGGUGUACCACGUCUCUCAGAAUCCCCUCACAGACACAGUUGUUGGUGCCACCACGAUGCUUCCCCUGAGCACAGAAAACCAAGAGGAGACAGUGGCAAACAAAUUUAGGAUCAAAUCUCCAUUUCUGGACCAGCCAACCAGUCAGCCCAGAUUCCCAGGGGAAAGCUCUCACUCUAGGCUGGAUUUUCCAUUCUCGCAGGCCAAUCCUGCAAUGAGCCCUACCCAAACCUUGAUAAGAAGAGCUCAUUUCAAGCACCAGGAUAACAGAGGGGACUUGUCCGAGAGGGGCUGUCACAGAAACCCACAGUUCAGAAGAACAGCCAGUUUCCAUGAAACUAAAAAGGCCAGGCCUUUCAGAGAGAGAAGCAUGUCCACCCUCACCCCCCGACAGACUCCUCUCUACAACUCCAGAACCAGAACGUGGGACCAGGGUUUGGAGAACAGGACACGGCCAAAAUCGAGAAACGCUAAUCUCACCUGUGAAAAGCUGGAGCAGCCCCACAGCAGUGUGCUGGGUUGUGAAACGCAGGGCCAUGGCGCAAAGGGCCACCACAGGGCAGGUCCCUCGGUGAAGAAGCUGGACCCGGUCACCGACCGCCAGCCUGCUGGCCAGGAGAGGGCAGCUGAUAACCCUGAGCCCAGCCGAAGUAAGAGGGGCCCUUCAUCUAACCCCAGAGGUGCGUGGAGGAAGGAAAUGGGCUCGGCUGGCAAAGAUAAUUCCCAGAGAGGCCUCAGCAUAAGCCCUGCCCAGCACCGAAGGGACAAGUGCCAGAGCUUCCCCUUAGACCCUGAGUUUGCCUUUUAUGAUAAUACUACUUUUGGCUUGACAGAGGCAGAGCAGCAGAUGAUCGACCUCCCUGGGUAUUUUGGCUCAAACGAAGAGGAUGAAACAAGUACUUUAAGCAUUGAGAAGCUGGUGAUCUGA